UAUAGAGCAGUGAAUUUAGAUUUUUUUAAAUUAAUUUUAUAUGUAGAUUCAAAUAUUGUUCACUUAAAACGAUAUCUUAAAACUUCUUAAAGAUCAUAUGUAGGAUGUUUAGUUCAGUGUAAAAAGAAAUUAAGGUGAAAAAUAACCAGUGUUAUAUUCAAAAUGGAGUUUUCCCACGUAGUUCUUCUUAUUCUGGUCUCCGAUGUCAUAACCUCAGUUGACAUAAAACGUAGAAGCAGUGUUUUCAAUAAUUAUAUGCAUGACAGAUCAUACAUAUCAAGAUACUGUACGACCAAAAUAGACCUCGCCUUUGUGAUUGAUACAUCAAGAAGUAUUCCACAUGAAGAUUUUACACGACAAAUACGUUUUAUUGAAGACAUUGUCAGUUUUCUCGACGUCAGUCCUGAAAACACACGUGUUGCGUCUGUUGCAUUUAGUAAUUAUAACUUCCCAGAAUUUGGAUUCAACAACUUUUCAAGAAAGGAAGAUGUACUAAAUGCAAUCAAAAGAAUUAAACAUUCUCAGGGUGGCGCCACAAGGACAUAUCUUGCUUUGGAAUAUACACACGAAAACAUUUACAGACGUGGGAAUGGAGAACGGCCGGAUGUAGCAGAUGUUGUAAUUGUUUUAACAGAUGGGAAAACAAAUCCGGGCAGUUAUGAUAAAUACGGCGAUGAAAGUGGAAAGCGGCAAACUCAGAUCGAGGCUGCAAUCAUAAAGGCCAGACCAGCUUUCAUAUUUGUUAUAGGAGUUGGAAGUCUUGUAGAUAUUGACGAACUGAACGGCAUGUCUAGUGAUCCUGAUAGAGAAUUCACGAUCCAAGUUUCUUCUUUCGAGGCGUUGAAUACAGAUGCUGUCAAACGAACGUUAUUAUCAAGAGUUUGCGUGGCUCUAGGCACAACUAUUCCACAACAACGUUUGACUACACGUGAGUCUCAUUACUUAUUUUACUGGCUACACGUGAGUCUCAUUACUUAUUUUACUGACUACACGUGA